GUAUCUGGUAUAGGCCUCGAUGGAUGUGUUUGUGGAGAAUGAGCGUCGAACAUCUGUAAGCCUAGCCGGGAUCAAUAGCUUACAGAGAGACUGCAGUGCUCCGAGUUCCACGCGAUAUCAUGUGCUGUAGAUAGGUGGCAGCCAAUAGAGCCCAUUUUCGUCCAGUCCGCGAUGAAGAGGGAACCGUAAUGUAGUUAGCUCUUCAACAAUACCAUCAUGAAAUCCAGGAAGGUCCUCAACUGUCACCACUAGUUUCAAAUGUGAGGGUUGCACGCUUUUCGUGGGCUGGCCAUAGCUGCUUGCCCUCGUCUUAUGCAGAUGUUGGGAAUUAGGGCCGCUUCUAACCUUCGAAAAUGGAGGAGAAACAAGAAGAACAAACUUGUAAACAGAAGUUACUAUUUUAUACUACCGCUUUCUUCGUAUUGCUCGGUAUAUUCAGCUUGUUUUCGUUUUUAUUCCUUGUGCCUUUUGUCAUCGAUCCAGCUUUCACAACUAUAUUUAUGGAGUUUAAUGAGACGCCAGUGUUGUGUGUGACAGUGAAAAGUGAGAGACGUCUAGGUGUUUCAAAUUGUAGUUGGACCUCCUGUCGGGAAGGUUGUACAAGGGACAUGUACGACUGUACCCAGAUACUGGUCAACUAUAAGAAGAACGUGACAGAGAAUGACAACACCACCGUUAUCAGCGAGGCUCCUUCAAAAGAUCUCGUUGAAAUAGCCUUAUUUGACGAUUACGAUGAUAAAGAUAUUGCAGCCAACUACUCGUCGCUGUGGUUUUACAAAGAAGCUAGGUUAUUACCGAACGUAAAGGGUUGCGGCUAUCCACCAAUGCUCAAUUGUACUAUAUUUCUGAAAAAAUACAAGACCAUAGGUACAAACUUCACUUGCUACUACAGCCGUGUUGAUCCAAGUAUCGUCAUCACAGAUUUGGACAUGUGGCAAGUUUAUAUGAAUUUAGUGUACGCUAUGGCGAUUCCGAUUCCCUCCUUCAUCAUUUCUGUUAUAUACUUGGCCUUCGCUUACUUCAAAAUCUACAAUGAUGAUGAAGAGAAGGCACCCUUGGAGAAAAAUGCCGAAGACAUGGACGUCCAAGGUGAAAAUGGUUCUAUAACUCCUGUUCUCCACUCAGCUAGUGAUGGUAUCACUCCAGCCAGCGAAGCCUUCAGAGAAGAUUUGGCUAGCUUUGGGCAUCAUUUUAAAGUUGCCAUGGUUGAUGAGAUGAGCCGAGAUAGCUUUGCUGAUGGCAUCGUCAAUUCCAUUUCUAUUGGCGGCAAUAUGGGUAAACCGAUGACCACAAGCAUUUCACCUACAGGAGGACCUAUAGACGACAUCUAAACGGGCUUCAGUAUAAAAUAUACACGCACAUCAAAAGUGUUCGGAUAUUGGUAAACAUACUCAUUUCUGAUAAAACUUCUGAUGAAGAGUUCCCAAGUUGAAAUGUGUUAGAGAAUACCCAGAGAGAAGAUUCAGAAGAAUCAGGGAUGACAUUGAGAUAGAGAUUCUCCAAAAGUGUUUAUAAAACGAUUGGAAGUAAUUCAAUUAAGAUUACAUAACACCAAAAAGAAAAUGUAGAAUGAUAUCCAUCUAGACUCUGAUGCUAGAAGAAAAAUGCACAGCACUAUUUUCCUAGAUACGCUUAUUUUUUAUUUAAAAUUUAAGUAGGUUCAUAUAUACAUAGGUUUCCAGUUACACAAUAUCCCCUUAUACAUACACACUUUUGAUGAUGUGUGCUUUUAGCUUUAUCCAAUUUUCAAUAAUGUACACCUUACCGUUUAGAGUGAGUUAAAUAUUUCCAUUGAAUUUGACGAAUUUAGGUCACUCCAUUUAAGUCAUUCCAUUGCUUUAACCAUGAAAAGAGGGAAUAAUACCACGUUCUGAAAUAGUUGGUCGAUUAUACCCAAUGAAGCAAUAAAGUAUUUAAUAAUAGGUAUAUAGGUACCUUUGAGCUUGAAACUUGAUAUUAAUUUUAUUCCAGAGUUUAUUGAGAUUAACUUUUUGAAAAUUUUCUACGUGUAACUUUUUGCUCAAUCGACCGCUUUAUACAGAUAUUUCCAUUUACCUAUUUCCAAAAAAAAAGCACUUCUUUGACUACUGCCAUGAAGUUCAUGUACCUUCUCCUUUCAUAUAUGUUCUACCGCAGAUUUUCAACUCAAACAAUAUGAAAGUCAACGAAUAUUUCUUUCGACCUAGGGUCUUUUUAGAAAUUGAAUGACCAAAGAAGUGAAGUAAAAAUGUCAUAGCUCAAAGAUUUUCUAGUAGUAGUACUAAUUCGGAUUUUUAUAUGCUAAUUUUGGUCCAUUCGCAUAUUGUUAUUGCACAUAAAUGGUGCUUCAUAAUGUGCCUGCAGUUUUUAAUUCUUUGCAACUGAUUUCUCAUGGGAAAAUUUCACGAAAAUAUCAGGUUCUACAUACUUGAAAUCCCAAGAUAUUAUCGGGUUAUUGUAGAAUACAAUUUGAUAUAGGAAUAUGCAAAGUUUCCAAGCUGAUUUUAUGAAGAAUUGGCCCCAGUUAGAAAACUAAGGACUUUCUAGCAGUUGUCUAAUCGAUUUUUCACCUACAACUAUGGUAAAAGCAUCUUCAAAGGUCAAUAUAGCUUUCAUAUUCAUUCUUGGAUAGUAGCUCUUAAUGUCUGUUAGAAUUUCUGUCUUCGAGGAUAAAUAUUGAAGCUAUAAAAUUUUACAAGCAUUCCUUCAACAUCAAAGAGAGGAAAACAGAACAUAUAGUUCAUAGUGCUUGGUUAUCAACAAUACUAAACCAUCCAAGUGGAAGGUACGUCAACAACCAGUCUGGAAGAAUCCAGUGUAAGAGAAACCUCUGAAGAUGCAUAGAUAGGAGAUACGUCAGGAAAGAAUCGAUUAGACCGGAUUUUCCAAAUUUAUUUCAAUUGUACCUGGAAGUGAAAACCUUCAGCAUCAUACCACAAAUAUUGAAUCUACUCUAUUUGAACUGGACUAAAAUUAGAGUCAUGAACUUCCAUAUUUUCCAAGACUGCUUUUAGAGUUUAUCUUUAUUCCUAAAUCUUAAGUGACACCUAAAAAAUACUCAUCCUCAAUAGCCAAUUCAAGGUUUUCCACUCCCAAACCAAACCUAUUCAAAUACAUGGAGCAAAUUCUUCAGAAAAUCAGACUUGUAUUAUUUGUUUCAAAAGAAUUGUUUACCUAUAGAAAUCGGUACAUUUGAACGCUAUAUAGAAGUUUGCUAUUCUAAACUCAUAGAAAAUAGGAAUUAUAUACUUGUUCAACACGUUUUUUUUUUGUAUUUUAUCCUGUUUAUUAAAUCUUUUCGGAAUUUUAUAUGUGAUUCUUCGAAUCUACACUAAAUUGAUAUUAUAAAGGCAACUUGAAAAAGAUACUCUAAAAAAAUAAAUCUAUUCUUAGAAUAGAUUGAAAAAUUUUAUCUUCUAGUCAAGAUACUUUGCAUAUAAUUAAUGAGAAGUGAAUUGCCUGAAAUGGAUUCGGAGAGGAUAAUUUUUUAAUUCAAAUCAUCAAUAAUAAAAAUAAUAUAAAUUGUUCCUAUUUUGUUUUGUCUUCCAAUAUUUCACUUUUUACUAUUGGUCUUUGAGAUGACUAAGCGCAUUCUAUUCAAAAUUCAUUUCAGGCACUGAAUAUCUAUCAAUGAAGUCCAUCCAAGUUCUUUAAAUUUUCAGUCAUUUCCAAAUUUCAGUUUAAUCAUUCAUUCAAAUAGUUAAAAAUUUUGAAUGAAUGAAAAAUUUUUCAUGUGUAGAUCAAAAGUUGAUUCAUAAAUGGAAAACUAACAAUUUUUAUAAACAUUUAACUAUUCUUGAAAAAAGUUUCAAUAAUUACAUAUAUAUGACCAACAAUACUAAGAUUUUUAACAUAAAUUUUCGAAUUAUUGUUGAUUAUACAAUUUUUGCCUAUACUAUCAGUGUAUAUUCUUACAAUUGGAUUGAUUCUUUUCGUUAAAGAUUGAAAAAUCCAUCCGAUAUCUAAAAGUUGAGACUCAUUGUUUUUUGUCUACAUACUUUCACAACUUUGGAUAUUUGGGAAUAUUAUUCAAGUUUUUUCUUCUGGAUUAUCCGAGAGAUUCGACAUUUAUGUUGCGCAUAAUGUCAUAAGGAACUGUCAAAAUAUUAUUAAAAAUCGAGAUGAAAUCAACAUAUUAUUUAUGAUUUUAAAUGGAAAGUAUUCUUUGUUAUCAUUUUUUUUCUUUCAGAUGAGUUUUAGCCAUUAGAUAUACUCACUAAAAUAAGUAAAUAAUAUAUAUUUUUCAAGAGAACUGUUCUUUUUUGAGAAAUUUCUUGAUUCAAACCCUAUUAUUUUGUUUUGGACCAGUUUGAUGAGCGAUCCAUUAAAAUGAAAAUUAAAUUUGAAACCUACUAAUGUAAAGUUUGCAAAUUUGUUUUCCAGCACAAAUUAGUGGAACAGACCCAAAUUAAUGCCUAUAGUAUGUAUAUUUUUGUAAUAUUAUGUUAGAAAGAAGUUGUCUAAUCUUCAGAAGAAAACAGCUUUGAAAUAGACUGCUGAAAUGCAUAAUGUAUAAUUUUGAACAUUUUAUAAAACGAAAUUCUAUUGAAAAAUUAUCUAUUUUUUGUAGAAUGUUGUAGAUCAUCUUUUUUAAAAAGUCAUCAGAUAUCGACAAAAUUUAUAAUUCGAAAGUCUAUUUAGAAAAUUUGAAAAGGACCUCUUUGGAAACUUGAAGGACUAUUAUAGCUAUACUACAUAACUCUAAGUAAAAAUGAAUCUUGGUGAAUAUUCUCGAUAGAUUUUCAAAUUGAAUUGCAUUCAUUUAACAUAAUAAGCAUUAUUCAUCUAGGCCAAUACUUAAUAUCUUGUUACAAUUGAGACAUAUGCUGUUAAAUUUAUUGAAUGCUCUACUAUAAAAAUCUUAUGUACCUAUAGAUAGAUUUGUUCACUUUCAAACUAAUUGUGCAGUAAAAUAUAUUAAAAUUGUUCGAG